AUGAACCACGCCAGAGUCAAGGCCCUCAAGGGCAAUAAGACAGUGUCCCGCAAGGCCGUCAAGUCGGGACGCGCCUCGGGUGCCGUCACGCCCCAGGGCACCAGCUCCCCAAUGGCCUCGCUACUGACCUCGCCCACGCACUCGACCACCCACAGCCGCCCGGCGUCCGACAGCGACUCGGACGACAGCGACUUUGAGCUCGACGACAUGAUGUCGAGCAUCCACUCGGCCGACUCUCUCGAUGCGCCCGCCGAUGACGGCAGCACCGCCGGGCCAGCGCUCGAUACGGAAGCGCUCCUCCAGGCCAUCCAGGACCGCAAGCACAACAACACCGAGCUACGCGAGCAGUACCUCGACGCCUUUAUCCGCUUCAUGCGCACCCGAUACUCGGAGGACACGCAUCUUUGGCUCGACACCGCCGCCACGUCGCUCACUGACGCUUUCCUCAAGGGCGCCAACCGCGGCGACUCACCCCGCGAGCGUCUUCUCAGCCUGCAGGCCUACUGCAUCACGCUUGGAACGGUCGAGGAUAUGGAGGUGUACGAGGGCGCCGCCCGCGCCGUCAAGCAGAUCCUCCUCGACGACGACGACGACAGCUGCCGCGUGUGGGCGCUAUACGCCCUCGCAAUGAGUGUACUGUACGGCGGCGGUGUUGAGGAAGCAGCCCUUGAGACCAUGGAGUAUUUCAUCGACAUUGUCCAGAGCGACGGCGAGAGCAUCGAGGCGCACGACAACGCCGCCAUCGUGUCCGCUGCCCUGCUCAGCUGGGGCUUUGUCGCCGCCCACGUCGACGACUACUCGGACUACGCGGACGCCGCCAUUGACGCCAUCAUCGACCAGCUCGACAGCGGCGACGUCGAUGUGCAAUCCAACGCUGCCAUGUGCAUCGCCCUCAUUUACGAGUCCUCGCGCGCCUACGAGGCCGAAACUGGCAAGCCCUUUCAGCUGCAGUACGACCCCCAGCGCCUCGUCGGGCGCAUCGCUGAGCUUGCCCGCAUGAGCGCUAAAUCGGCCUCGCGCCGCUCGCGCCGCGAGCUCCGCGAGUCCCUCGUUAGCGUCGUCACCGCCCUCGAGCGCGGCGUCGGCCCGUACUACUCUACCGCCCUCUACAUGCCCGAAAAGGACGAGCGCGUUCCCGCCUCCCAGCGCACCGAGGACGGCCGCGCCGAGUACGGUUACCGCCUCAAGCUGCGCUUGCAGAACAGGGCCGCCAAGGUCGACACCUGGUCCCUGUACUUUCGGGUGACCGUCAUGAAGCUCCUCCUCCGCGGCGGUCUGGACAAGCACAUGUUUGUCAAUCCCGUUGUGUCGGAGUGCUUGGAAGAUGCCAACUUUGCGCAAGAGUACACGCCGGAGGACGUCAAGAAGGCACGCAAGAAGUAA